AUGCAGGGGGUUUUUAGUGUAAUCCUAUCAGAUGAUAUAUCAAGUUUUCCUUCUACAAUAAGUUAUAGAAAAUUAAAUCCUAUAUACGAACUUUGUGACGAUAAUGAUACGACAAUACGUGAAAUACUGGGGAAAUAUAAUAGUCUUGAUAGCAUAUUAAAUGAACUUGUAAAAUCAUUAUGUUAUUUAGCGGAUAUGCUCUCGCAAAAAUCUAAUAAUAAAAAAAUGUGUUACGAUAUUUACUUCUGGUUAGGAGAUAUGAUAUCUCAAAAGGUAUCUAACGAUUUUGAUUUUUAUCCCAUUCUAUCUGCUUGCAUUCCGGGACUAUCUAUGCUUGGAGCAAAACACACUUGUAAAUUUCCCUUUACAUAUAUAAGUAAAGAAGAUUUUAUGAAAAUGAAAACGGUUUAUGAUUAUACAUAUGAUUAUGAAAGUAUUAAUCUUGCACUUAAGCUUAAUGGAAAUUUGUGUUCUAAGGGGCAUUAUGAAUAUCUACAGAAAGCUACUUCUACUUAUGAAGAAAUUUACAAUGACUGUAUUAUGGAGAAUACAAAGGAUUAUUGUUCUGAAUAUAAUAAUAUUUUCUCUGAAUUUAAAAAUGGAAAAAAAUUAAGUCCAUUAACUUGUAGUGUAAAAGAUGAAUCACCAUCAUUUACACUAACAGAUGCACGACAAGAUGUUGCAGAACAUAUUGAAUCAUCAAAUUUAGAUUAUACAAGAAGUGGAUAUACUUUGCAAUUUCCCAUUUCAGAUGAUACAAAAAAUCUAUCUUUUGCAAGUGUCUAUGGUACAUUCAUCACAUUUAUGUGUAUAUUCCUUAUGCUACCUCUUUUAUAUAAGGUACAUAAAAAUAAAAAUUUAAACAUACUUUUAUAUACUCCAGCUGGAACUUGGACACAUAAAUAUUUUAGACACACUGCAAAAUUAUUCGAUAAAAUACAAAAUAUAUUGAAGCUGAAAUUAAGACAAGAUUUUUAUGAAUCUGAAAAAUUAAAUUCGUACAUAAACUAUUUUAACUUAUCAUAUGGCCUAUAG